UCCGGGGAAGGGGAGGCCGCAUUCCCGCUCUCCUGACUCUCUGGUGUCUUGCACCGAGGGGAGGUCGGGAUUUCGGCUUUCCGGCCCCGAGAGGGACCAGGUGCCUCCGCCAGAGCUUCUGUCGCUCGGUCGCCUGCGAAGUGACUGGACUGUUCGAGGGAUCCGUGGAGAGGAGGCCAGGACACCUGGAAGCUGCGAAAUGGACUCAGUGGCCUUUGAGGAUGUAGAUGUGAACUUCACCCAGGAUGAGUGGGCUUUGCUGGAUCCUUCCCAGAAGAAUCUCUACAGAGAUGUAAUGCAGGAGACGUUCAGGAACCUGGCUUCUGUAGGUAAAAAAUGGAAAGAUCAGAAAAUUGAAGAUGAGUACAAAAAUCCCAGGAGUAACCUAAGAGGUCUUAUGGGAGAGAGACUCUUGGAAAGUAAAAAAGAUCAUCAGCUUGGAGAAAUUCUGACCCAGGUUCCAGAUGACAUGCUGAAGAAGAAAACUCGAGUGAAAUCACGUGGAGAAGUCAGCGUGGGUCAUGCAUCCCUUAGAAGGCACCUUAGAGCUGACACUGGACACAAGCCAUAUGAGUGUCAGGAAUAUGGACAGAAGCCAUAUAAAUGUACAUACUGUAAGAAAGCCUUCAGCGAUCUCCCCUACUUUCGAACACACGAAUGGGCUCACACUGGAGGGAAACCUUAUGACUGUGAGGAAUGUGGAAAAAGCUUUAUUUCCCGUUCAAGCAUUCGAAGACACAGGAUAAUGCACAGUGGAGAUGGACCCUAUAAAUGUAACUUUUGUGGGAAAGCCUUGAUGUGUCUCAGUUUGUAUCUUAUCCACAAACGAACUCACACUGGAGAGAAACCAUAUGAAUGUAAACAAUGUGGUAAAGCCUUUAGUCAUUCUGGUAGUCUUCGAAUUCAUGAAAGAACACACACUGGGGAGAAGCCUUAUGAAUGCAGUGAAUGUGGGAAAGCAUUCCAUAGUUCCACAUGCCUUCAUGCACAUAAAAUAACUCACACUGGGGAGAAGCCAUAUGAAUGUAAACAGUGUGGGAAAGCCUUUGUUUCUUUCAAUUCUGUUCGAUAUCAUGAAAGGACGCACACUGGAGAGAAACCUUAUGAAUGUAAGCAAUGUGGAAAAGCCUUCAGAUCUGCCUCGCACCUUCGAACACAUGGAAGGACUCACACUGGAGAGAAACCUUAUGCAUGUAAGCAAUGUGGGAAAAACUUUGGAUGUGCCUCGAGUCUUAAAAUGCAUGAAAGGACUCACACUGGAGAAAAACCCUGUAGUUCCAGCAAUUUGGAAGGCCGAGGCGAGAAGAUCGAUUAAUUCACAUAAGAUUCCUUGAAGCCACGGAAUCCAAUCAUGGCAAAAAUGUGUUUCCCUCAAAUAAUGGGAACCAUCAGAAAAUGAUUCUGAAGCUUCUGCAGUCACUUGUCAUCUGACAGCAUCACAAAUAAAUGCCAGUAACCCAAGAGCAAAAAGUUUUGGGGGUUAGUUUAGCUGAUGCCUCACUCUGAGACCUAGGACACAGAGUUGGAAAUAACUAUUAAGAGAGACACAUCUCAAACAGGCACAGUGGCUCAUGCCUGUAAUCUCAGUA